GUGCUGCAGUUUCUUCCUCUGCAGCAACACUCCACAGUGGGCAGGUUUGGUCUCCACCCCCUUGGCUGCACGUUUCCGAAGCUGCACCACGCUGUGCUCUGCCUCCACUCAGCAUUUGCUCUAGCUGCAGCGUUCCCGCCGUGGCCUUCGGUGAGCAGCGAUGUUUUCCUGCAGAGCGGUCUGGCAGAGGUGUGGGCCUCUGGCUCGGAGAGCAGCUUACAGGCUGCCCCUGGAAGGUGUGCAGCGGCGGGCCAUGUCGUCAGUCCCUGGCGGGUCUGGGGAGAACAUCCUGUACACCGUGCUGUGCAGUGGAGCUCUGGUUGGGGCCCUGUCAUACGCAUAUGUGACUGUGACCUCAGAUCAUGAGAGGUUCAACGAGCGCAUCAGUGAAAUUAGAGCCAGACCCAAGACGGAGUGGACGCCUAAACCCUGGCCACCUAAAGGCGGCGAUGCGGAUGAGGACGGAGAGGCUAAAGCUGGGGAAGAGGAGGCUGCUGCUGCUGAAGCAGAGACCAUCGUGGAGGAAGCGGCCGAGGUGGUCGCCGAGGCUGCUGCGGCCGUCGCCGAGGCCGCAGAGGCCGUCGCCGAAGUGGCACAGGAAGUGGAGGCAGCUGCAGAGGAAGUGACCAAAGUGGCCGAGGCAGUGGAAGAGGCUGCUCAGGCUGUGGCAGAACCUGCCGCGGUCGGUGCAGAGGAGACCCAAAGCGAUGUGCCGCUGGCAGCUGCCUCUGCAUUAGAGCUACUGAAGAAAGACGAAGAAAAGGAUGACUCUGCACCCACCGAACAAGAGCCUCCGCUAUCAGUAGUUGAAAAGGAGACCCCUGCUGUUGCAGAGGUUUCAGAUGGAAGUACUUUAGGCAUGGCUGUGCCCAUUAUUGAGGAGAAUGUUUCACCAGUGGAGGAUGGAAAGCCUUCUGAAACAGAAGUAGCACCAACCAAGCAGUCCCCUGCGCCCGCUGAUGUAUUGUCAGAAGAGCCCCCAGCCUUUUUACAACUUGCACCUGUUGUUGAGAAACUCUCGGUACAGGUACCAUUAGUUGAAGAGGCUACAGCACCAGUAGACAUUAAGCCAGUUGAAGAAGGCCCUGCACCAAUUCAGGAGGUUUCUUUACCAAUAGAGGCUGCACCUGUUGCUGAUGAGCCCCUAGCACCAGCAGAGGUUGCCAAGGAGGCCCCUGCACCAACAGAGGUAGAGAUAGUUGUUGAGGAGCCCCCUGCACCAGUAGAUGCAGCACCAGCUGUUGAGGAGCCCCCUGCACCUGCAGAGGCUUCAGCGCUUGUCGAAGAGGCCCCUGCACCUGUAGAGGUUGCAGCCGUUGUCGAAGAGGCCCCUGCACCGGUAGAGGUUGCAGCCGUUGUCGAAGAGGCCCCUGCAACUGCAGAGGUUGCAGCCGUUGUCGAAGAUGCCCCUGCGGAGGUUGCAGCUGUUGUCGAAGAGGCCCCUGCAGAGGUUGCAGCCAUUGUCGAAGAAGCCGCUGCACCUGCAGAGGUUGCAGCCAUUGUCGAAGAAGCCGCUGCACCUGCAGAGGUUGCACCAGUUGUCGAAGAGGCCCCUGCACCUGCAGAGGUUGCACCAGUUGUCGAAGAGGCCCCUGCACCUGCAGAGGUUGCAGCCAUUGGCGAAGAGGCUGCUGCACCUGCAGAGGUUGCAGCCAUUGCCGAAGAGGCCCCUGCACCUGCAGAAGUUGCACCAGUUGUCAAAGAGGCCCCUGCACCUGCAGAGGUUGCAGCAGUUGUCGAAGAGGCCGCUGCACUGGCAGAGGUUGCAGCAGUUGUCAAAGAGGCCGCUGCACCUGCAGAGGUUGCAGACAUUGUCGAAGAGGCACCUGUAGCGGUUGCAGCCGUUGUCGAAGAGGACCCUGCACCUGCAGAGGUUGCAGCAGUCAUGCAGGAAACUCCAGCACUAGUAGACAAGACAAGCAAAGAAUACAUUGUUGUUGUCCUGGAAGGAACGCCUAAAGAAGAGAAAAGGCCCAAGGUCCUAGGAGUUGGUCCCAUGACUGGUAGAAUCAUUCUGGAUCCAGAAGAUGACAGUAACCCUGCCUCUGAGGGUAGGCGACGUCUUCUUAGGAUGCAAAUGCAGUAGUAUCAACAAAGUAAAGCUCUCCUAAACGAAGAUUGUCCUCCAGUAGACGAGGGAGGAUGUGCCUUUCUCCUACACCUUUCUUCAUCCUUCAGCUCUGCAACAGGAGUCCUAGGUUACACAUUACUGACGCAUUACAGUGUUUCAAAGGUUGCUUCAUUGAGCCGACACAGCCCGUUACUUUGAAUCUGCACUUGUAUGUGAGCCCGGUCAGCCACCGACGGCUGGUUUUUAUUGUCAGGGACAUUUCCUGUUUCUUCUGUGAACUACAAUCUGUUUACACCUUUUGACUAAACUGAGCUUUUCAGCCAUCCCAAAGUUUUACUGUUACACUUUAACAAGCACUCCAGUGGAAUAUAUUGAUAUUGUGCAUUUCCUCCAAACACUGCCACCACAGUAUUGACGCUCGAAGCGAGGGGCAUCCAGAUCCACCAGCACUGUUACCGCAACCAUCCUCAGGAAUCACUGGGGAUUCUGGUGGACUUUAUCUGUUGAGGAAUAAACCUGUGAUCCCAAGGGGCUCACCUACUACCUCACCUUUUAAUUCAUGGUUUAAUUCUAAGAUCACCCCAAAGACCUUUGUGCAAUCCUAGUAGUGUUUCGUUUCUUGGCCUGCAACACAGCAGCUAAACCACUAUCUUCACAUGAGUUACUCUAAGUGUUGUUUAAAAACACUCCUAGCAGAUUUAUGACAGAGCUGCAAACUCCUUCCCCCACUCUGUUUUCACAUCAUUAAAACCACCGACUAAAAAGGAAACUAGUAAGGGAACUGGAUCUGCAUAAAGCAAUCAGCAUUAUCUCUGUUUUGAACCUCUACAUUCAGUGUAUGCAAAGUUUUGUGAUGUGUAGCUCUCAUCAGUGGAUCAAAUGGGGAAUUAAAGCAGCAUCCUGUUCUUUCACCCUUUGUGUUUGUGUUUCUGUUCUUUCUUUUCUGGUUUUCUCUCAUCUGACCUUUUACUGAAGUGGAACUUAAAGGCUUGUAGCAUGUACAAUCAGGUGACAUGGUGUAUGUUAAGGGGGAGGUGUCUUAAUGUGGCAUGAAGUUUAAGCAUGUCUGAAGGAAGGUCUUCCGUGUGAAGAGCUUGGACGGCUCUGUUGUGGUUUUCUCUUCCUUUGGAUUUUCUCACCUGGUUGUGAAUUCCUCUCUGUCUAGGCUCACCUUGGAUCUGACGCUAAACUGUUAGAAUAGCUGCUUCUAAAUAGGAACGGCUACACUGUCCUCCUGCUCUCUGAUUUCUGUAUUAGAAAUGGCUAAAUAGCUGCCAUAAAAUAGCAAAUACUGUGAAACAUUACUUCUGUUUUGCAAAAUAAAGAAUUUGAAAACAA